AGAGAGAGAGAGGGAAUAGAAGGAGAGAGAUCCAAUAAUCAGCCAAAAAGCUACGUCGCAUUUCCUGCUCCGUCAUUAUCUUCCAAUCUCCAUUUUUUUCCCCUUCUUCUCCCAAAUUAUAAGGGAAAAAAAAAAAACUGUGAGAGUCUCAAUCGACGGAGAAAGAGUAGGGAAGAGAGAGUGAAAUCUCGUCUAUGUUCGUUUUCUCGAAAGAGAAUUUUAUUUAUUUUUCUUUAAAAAUAAUAUCCAAUCGAUGUUCAUUGCCGGUAAAAGCAAAAGGGAGAGAGAAAACGCCGAUAAUUUUUCAUUGUGAAGCUGUUUUUUCAUUUAUAGAUGAUCGAUCGAGAGCUUGCAUUUCUCAAUGGAGAUUGCUUCGAAUCGAUGAAGUGUUUCGUUUUUGUUGUGAAUCUGAGUGCCAGAUCGGCUCGUUGAUGCAUUGAGUUUGCUUUUAUUUUGUUUCCUGAGGUGGAAUCGGUUUAAUUUCUUUGUUCUUUUCUUUGGGGGGGAAAACAAUGAACAACGGCGGUGCUGAAGCAGCCAUAGCUCCGGUGGGAGGGUCACAGCCGCUGGAGUGGAAAUUCUCGCAGGUGUUCGGGGAACGGACGGCCGGAGAGGAAGUACAGGAAGUUGAUAUCAUAUCUGCUAUUGAAUUUGAUAGAAGUGGUGAUCACCUUGCUACUGGAGAUCGUGGAGGUCGGGUGGUUUUGUUUGAAAGGACUGACACUCGAGACCAUGUUGGACAUCAGAGAGAUCUAGAGAGGAUGGAUUAUCCAAUAAAUAGGCACCCUGAGUUUCGCUACAAAACAGAGUUUCAGAGCCACGAACCUGAGUUUGACUAUCUUAAGAGCUUGGAAAUUGAGGAGAAAAUUAACAAAAUUAGAUGGUGCCAGUCAGCUAAUGGUGCUCUGUUUCUUUUGUCUACUAAUGACAAAACAAUCAAGUUCUGGAAGGUUCAAGAAAAGAAGGUUAAAAAAGUAUGUGACAUGAAUAUGGACUCCACAAAAGCCAUGGGAAAUGGUCCUAUUGUUGGUUCAAAUAUAUCAACAAGCUCCAAACAGUACAUUGCAAAUGGAGGAUGCACAAGCAAUGAAUUUUCAUUCCCUACUGGGGGUUUCUCAUCUUUGCAUUUGCCUGUGGUAGUAACCAGUCAUGAGACGAACCUUAUGGCUAGAUGUCGAAGAAUAUAUGCUCAUGCUCAUGACUAUCAUAUUAAUUCCAUAUCCAACAACAGUGAUGGUGAAACUUUUAUUUCGGCUGACGACCUGCGAAUUAAUCUGUGGAACCUGGAAAUUAGCAAUCAAAGUUUUAACAUCGUUGAUGUGAAACCCACAAAUAUGGAGGAUUUGACUGAGGUGAUAACUUCGGCAGAAUUUCAUCCUACACACUGUAAUAUGUUAGCAUAUAGUAGUUCAAAGGGUUCAAUUCGUCUUAUUGAUAUGCGCCAGUCUGCGCUGUGUGAUACUCACAGCAAAUUGUUUGAGGAACAAGAGGCUCCCGGCUCCAGGUCUUUUUUCACAGAGAUCAUAGCAUCAAUCUCAGACAUUAAGUUUGCCAAGGAUGGAAGGCAUAUACUAAGUCGUGAUUACAUGACCCUUAAGUUGUGGGACAUAAAUAUGGAUUCUGGUCCAGUUGCAACUUUCCAGGUUCAUGAAUAUCUUAGACCAAAGCUUUGCGAUCUAUAUGAAAAUGAUUCUAUCUUUGACAAAUUUGAGUGUUGUCUAAGUGGAGAUGGACUUCGAUUGGCUACUGGUUCCUACAGCAAUCUGUUUCGGGUGUUUGGUUGUUCUGAAGGUAGUACAGAAGCAACAACACUGGAAGCCAGCAAAAACCCAAUGAGGAGACAAAUUCAGACAUCAUCAAGGCCUUCAAGAUCUCUUGGUAGCCUCUCUGGUGUUGUCAGACGUGUAAAAGGAGCAGAUAACUCGGGAGUUGAUGCAAAUGGAAAUGCUUUUGAUUUCACAACAAAGUUGCUACACCUAGCAUGGCAUCCAACUGAAAACUCUCUCGCAUGCGCUGCAUCAAAUAGUCUUUACAUGUAUUAUGCAUGAAGAUGAUCCGACAAGGCUCGUGAUUAUUUUGCUGGGCAAAGCUUUUCUCGCUUGCUUUUGGAGAGAUUUGCUUUGCCUUGUUCCCUAAUUAAUGAUGCGGAAGCUGCACCAAUUUACCAGACUCUGGGUGGUUCAUUGAAAUUCUAUCAUGUCUUCCAACACCAGGGUUCAAUGUUGCUGUUGUUGAUUUGUCAACGUAGUACAUUGACUUUAAUGCUUCCAGGCAGGUCAUGCCCCCUGAUUUAAUAUUCUUUGUAGGGAUAGACACAGUGCUCUCCCUAUUUUGGUUUUGUUUAGGUCGAAGAAAAAGUAUGAUGAUAGCACUCCCAACUACUGAAAACAAACUCGCUUCUAAUUGGGCUGCAAUGUUGCUGGGUUUGAGACUGAUGGGAUCUUAACCAAAAAUCUGAGGGAAAAGGACUUAUGUGGUGCAUCAAUUCUCAUUGAUACAGGCAGCUCUGAGGCCUUGUGCUUUAAUCUUGUACCAUUUUCAACUUUAGAUUAAUACUUGUUAUAUUCCAUUACGAUUAUUGUUAUUUAAUUUCUAACUAUUCUUUCUCCUCCUCCUCCACAGAAUUCCCUUGUGUUGGUUUUGGGAUGAAGUAGAACCCCUCCUUUAAAUCAA